GGUCCAGGGUUAACAAUGUUUAUGAUUUGAACAACAAGACCUACCUUAUCAAAUUGGCGGGGUAAGCCCAUGUGGUUAUUCAUUCAUUUUAAAUGCCUCAACAGGAACGAUGAAAAGUUUGUAGUUUUGCUUGAAUCUGGAUCAAGAAUUCAUCUCACGGAAUUUGAUUGGAGCAAGAACGUUAUGCCUUCUGGAUUUUCGAUGAAACUGCGGAAGCAUAUAAGGAACAAAAAACUGAGCAACGUGAAACAAUUGGGAAUGGAUAGGAUCGUAGAUUUUCAAUUUGGUUUCGACGAACACCUGUUUCAUCUAAUCGUAGAACUAUAUGACAGGGGCAAUAUGUGUCUUACCGAUCAUGCGUACACCAUACUGCAUUUGUUGCGGCCCCGCACGGAUGCCAGUCAGGAUGUUCGAUAUGCUGCGCAUGAGAAGUACCCACUGGAUCUGGUACGAACGGUGCCAGAAUGUUUGCAGGGAUUUCCUAAUGAUAUCAACAUCGAUGGGAUCUGUAAACGAGUGUUACGUUUGCUCCAUGAGGCGAAAGGCCCGUGGUGCCCGCGUGGAUCCAACGAAGCAUUGAAACCAGUGCAGAAAGUUCUAUCUUCUGAAUUUGGCUAUGGGCAACCUUGCGUGGAACAUUGCUGUCGGUUAGCCCACCUGGCAGUGCAAUCGACUUUGAAGCCCUCCGCUACGGAGAAUGCUCACGUUGACGAGGAAGAUCGGAUAAGACAGAUCAAAGAGGACUAUGCGAUGCACUUUGCGGGGGCUUUACGAAACCUGUUAUCAGCUGCCUAUCUUGUUAGGACUGAUGAUGUUGAGAUGGGAAUGUCCCGCGGAUUCAUCUUUGGCAAAAAGCUGCAGCCGGAGGACGAAGAAUUAUCACGUCAAGAAGAUUUUCAACCCUUCCUUUUUGAGCAGUUUCGUAACAAACCCCACGUGGCGUUUCCAACUUUCAGCAAGGCUGUGGACACUUAUUUCUCGAAAAUUGAACGUGACAAAACGACCGAAUUAUUGGUGCAGAAUGAAAAUAAGGCCAACAAGAAGUUUGAAAAUAUCAAGAAAGACCACGAACUUCGUUUGGCAGCGCUCAAAGCAGACCAGGAACAGGAUGUUCGCAAAGCGCAGCUAUUGGAAACGAAUCGACAGCUGGUCGAUAGCAUCAUCCUGAUGAUUAACCAUGCACUUUCGAAUCAAUUGGACUGGGGAACUUUGGACACUAUGAUCCAAGAAGCACGAGCACGCGGCGAUCUCCUUGCCAGUCAUAUUGUACAACUCAAUUUACAACAAAAUCAGAUAACUGUUAGCCUAAAAGACCCGUAUGAAGGUGAUUCAGACGGCGAAAACUGUGAACGCAACCAGACCUCCACUGAAGUUGUGAUCAGUUUGGAUUUGAAUGCACUGAACAACGCGCGCAAGUAUUACGACCGUAAACGGGCAGCAAUGAAAAAGGAAGAAAAGACCCUGGUCGCCUCACGCAAGGCCCUGAAAUCGGCUGCGUUUAAGGCGCAACAGACCCGCAAGGAUUUGAGAACAGUUGCACAAAUUACGAAAAUACGAAAACCUAUGUGGUUUGAGAAAUUCUUCUGGUUCAUCAGCUCUGAGAAUUACCUGGUUGUUGCCGGACGAGAUUCACAGCAAAAUGAGGUCCUUGUCAAACGUCAUCUGGGAGCUGAUGAUAUCUACGUCCACGCAGAUAUACACGGAGCAAGUAGUGUUAUUGUGAAGGCCAGACCUUUAACGACUGAAGAGUCGUCGUCAGAUUCAGUCUCCUCUACUUCUCGGCUUCCAUUACCACCACCGAAGACUUUGAUCGAGGCUGGCACACUGGCAAUCGUACUCAGCUCCGCUUGGAAUGCCCGUGUAGUCACCAGUGCUUGGUGGGUUCGCCAGGACCAGGUAUCCAAGACCGCGCCAAGUGGAGAAUAUCUGACCACCGGGGCUUUCAUGAUCCGCGGACGGAAGAACUAUCUCCUUCCUUGUCAUUUUAUGUACGGCUUUGGCGUGUUGUUCAAAUUGGAUGAGGAGUCAGUGGAACAUCACCGUGGUGAGAGACGAGUAACCCGAGUGGACCCUUCCGAUGACUUCACUUCGGCCCCGAAAACUAAUGCGGAAGAUGUGCCAGCAGAAAAAGUGGAAAUGAUUGAAAGUGACACUGAAUUUCCAGACACACAGUUGCGGUUGAAUCUCGCCAAAAAUGAUAAGGUUCAAACAACCGCAGAUACGGAAUCCUCCCACUUCACUAUUACGUGCUCUCGUGGCAAAGGUGCUUCAACGCGCACGGUGACGAACAAGAAGGACAAGGCAGUAGUGGAUAAAUCGAACAAGUUACCCAACGGGACUGUGGAAGAUAAUCGUACGUCCGCAGAAAAGUCUAAUGCCGGACCGAUAAAACGGGGACAGAAAUCGAAAUUACGGAAGAUCAAACAAAAGUACGGAACACAAGAUGAAGACGAACGGAUGGCUCGGAUGAAAUUGUUACAGGGUGAAAGAGCCAAACUGAGUCAGCACCAUAAACGCCUAGGGCCGCCUUUCGCUCAGGAACCAAAUAUCAUAGCUGCCGAGGGAGAUGAAGGGAAUUCACAUAAAUCGGGUGACAAUGAGGAGGCGCCGAAAAACAGCGAAGAGGAAGAGUGCAUCGACAUAGCACUUUCACAGAGCGAGGAUGAGCUGCAGUUGGAGGAGCAGCCGCCCGUCACCCGUCGCCCGGAUUCUGAUAAUGAAGAUGAACAGGAGGGCAAGCAAGCAGUCGAGGACGACUGGCUGAGAUUGAUGGACACAUUCACAGGACAACCACGAGAGAAUGACGUACUGCUCUACGCCAUGCCCGUAUGCGCCCCAUACAGCGCUUUGCAAAAUUACAAGUACAAACUAAAGUUGACUCCAGGAACCGUAAAGAGAGGCAAAGCUGCCAAAACAGCCCUCAACUGCUUUUUGACGGACAAGUCAUCCAGCGCUAGAGAAAAAGAAUUGAUGCGAGUCAUGAAAGGAGAAGAUAUCUCAAGAAAUUUUCCAGGA